AUUUUAUAUUAAAUUUUAAUCUAAAAAUAAUCCAAAUAUUUAUCAAAAGUUUCAAAGGACAAAAAGACGUGUAAUUAUAAAAAUAUAAUCUAAGUUCUGCAAUACAUUAAUAAGAAUAAUAAAAAUAAAAAACGAAAUGAGUCUAUCACGUAUUCUUGUUAAGGACGGCGGAUUUGGUACACAAAUGACUGUUCACGUUGGUAACGCUGUUGAUGGUGAUCCACUAUGGAGUGCCCGAUUUAAUGCAACUAAACCAGCUGCUAUAAUUAAUACACAUAUGGACUUCUUAAGAAAUGGUGCAGACAUUAUACUGACCAACACAUACCAGGCUAGCGUGGAGGGCUAUGUGAAUUUUUUAGAUUUGAGUGUUCCUGAGAGCAUUGAACUGAUAAGAAACACUGUGCGACUGGCUCACAUAGCUAAAGAACGAUACUUAACGGAAUGUUAUGAAGAAACUAAAAUUAUGCCAGAGAAUAUACCCAUGAUAAUUGCAUCAAUUGGUCCAUUUGGCGCUCAUUUACACGAUGGCUCAGAAUAUACCGGCUCAUAUGCAGAUUAUGUAUCACCAAAAAAAAUUACAGACUGGCAUCGUGUACGCAUUGACGCUUGUCUUGAAGCUGGUGUAGAUGCUUUAGCUAUUGAAACCAUACCCUGUCAGGUGGAAGCCGAAGCGCUAGUCGAAAUGUUAUGCGAUGAUUAUCCAGAUGUGAAAUUUUGGGUUUCAUUUCAAUGCAAGGAUGAUAAAACUUUAGCCCAUGGUGAAGAUUUUGCUGAUGCAGCUCUAUCUAUCUGGGAGCUCCUGAAAGAACGUAACGCCCAGCAUAACUGUUUAGCCAUAGGCGUAAAUUGCGUUCAUCCCAAAUACGUGAGUUCACUUUUCAAUAAUCUUAAUGGAGAUCGAUCUGAUGCUGAAAAAGUUCCGCUUGUUGUCUAUCCAAACAGCGGAGAACUUUAUGAUGUCGUUAAAGGUUGGAUGGGUCGAGAACACUGCAUACCUUUGGAAAAUUAUGUUCCUGAAUGGACACAGUUGGGUGCAAAAAUUAUUGGCGGUUGCUGUAGAACCUAUGCGCGUGACAUACGUAAUAUUAGUGAAGCAGUCCGUACCAUAAAUACCUUGAUGCGUUGGAAAUAGUUACUCCACGUCUCUGCAUGCAUACUCGAAUGUGAUCUCGCAUUAAGAGAACAAAUAUUAUUAAUUUUAUCUUUAGUUUCCUUAGUAAUUAAGAUGACACAUAAUUAAUGUAAUUAGAUUCAUUAACUAUUUCUAUUAAAAUGAUUUUAAAAACAU